AUGCUGUCGAGAAAGUCCUUCAGUGGUUACUUAUCCAUUGAUGCAAGAUGGACGCACAGGCGAAACUCGCCAAGUUGUACAGUAACUGCGCUCGAUGCUGUCACAAAAAGAGUUCUUGCAUGCGUGAACAUCAACCAUAUUGGUGGAAACAGACAGCAUGCUCAGUAUUCCGGAGCUUCCAACAAUAUGGAAAGUGCUGGAACUCGAAUCAUCUUGAAGCAAUUAAAGAAAUACAAUAUCUUGAAAGAUGUUAAAGAGAUUAUUAAAGACCGAGAUAACAAAAGUGUCUCUGUCUUUAAAGAAUUUGGCGUCUCUCAUCUUGAAAGAUUCGAUCCAGGUCAUGUAUCAAAAAUAUCUCAAAAGAUUUUACAAAGUUCUCAGCUUCUCAUAAGACAGUUGAAGUUUUCAACGACAAGACUCAGAAGAUUGAAAAAAUAG